AUGGCAACGUGUUGCGGAUCGCUUGGGCGGUGGUUUAACAGCGUCAGCUAUCAGGUCCGGGCACUUCCCGCACCAAAACUGGUGACGCUGAUCGGUAACAGCCAGAAAUACUACAAACUUCGCAAGGAGUAUGAUCCUCAGGCAGGCUCGCCGCCAACGACUCCAAAGAAGCGGAAAGCAUCCGACGAUGAUGAGGACGAGGAGAAGAAACCGACCCCGUCGAAACGAGCUCGAGAGGCACCCAGAGAUCCCACCAUCGACGGGGUCCGAUUUACUGAGGCAACCGACGGCCCACAGGAACUCAAGACCGAAGAGAUGGCCGCGAGCGUGUGGGAUUCAUUUCAAAGCUCACAUGCACAGUUUGCGCCAGAGGCAUUCAAUGCAGCGGCGGGCAUGGAGGAUCAGAUGUAUGGGCACUUUCAUCAUGGGCAGAGCAGCGGGAGCAGCAGCUUCAUCUGA